GGCGUUCCGAACGGUCGCUUUUCUCAUGUUCUCCGCUUCAAAGGAUUUAUCGGCCCCUGGCCGAGGUGCUACUCAGGCUUCAGCCAGCAGCAAUGACUACCGUGUUGUGUUACCCCGUCUUCCUACCGGUAAGCUGGUUGUGGACUCCGUUUUCCUGCAUGCUGACUUAAGUGGUCGACCGUACCGAGCCCAAGACUUCAGAGACGCCCUUCGGACCGUUAUUGACCUGAAGGAAAUAAGUUCCAUCGGACAAUUUCAGAUGUCGCACGUGUGGAUGGUGACGUGCAAAUCAGGGAUGACAAAAUCAAAGCUAGUCGCAUGCGGGGAAUUAUCCGUAAAAGGUAGACGCUGUGUCGUCAUUGAUCCUGAGCCCACGGAAGUUAAAAUGAAGCUUUUGUGGCUUCCUGAGCGUUUGGAAGACGACUACAUUCGAGAUGCGCUCCAGGCUUACGGGAAAGUCAAGUCUAUUUCAGCAGAAAGCUGGAGAGUAUCGGAGAUGGAACAAAUGCGUACGCUAAAUCGGGACGUGGUGUUGACUCUUGCCGAUGGAGUGAGCGUGGGGGACGUUCCACAUCUACUACCUGUUUGUGGAGUGCAGAGUCUCGUAUUAAUUCCAGGCCGGCCCCCACUUUGUCUGCGCUGUAACAAGGUGGGGCACAUUCGUCGAAACUGCAGAACCCCACGUUGUGAAACCUGCCGGCGCUUUGGUCACACAGCUGAAGAAUGUGUCGUAACAUACGCCGAUAAGUUACGACACAGAACAAAGCCUCCGGAUGAAAGCUUGCAAGAACACAUAAUGGACAUUACGGAGGUUCUUGACGCGACGGGAGACGUUCCCUCUUCCGCGGAGACCCGCUGUGCCACUAAGGCCCCUCUGCCUGUUGAAGACAGUCACAAUGCCAUCGCCCGUGAAUGCCAACUGCCCACUGCCAACUGCCAACAAUGCCAACUGCCCGUGAAUAAAGAAAGUAGCGAAGAGAAAGAUGACCAACCGAAGCAACAACCCAAAGGAGCACCCGCUACCACGGAGCCAGCUGCUGCCCAGCAAGCGAAUGAGGGAGCCGGAAAUGACUCAUCUGAUGCACCCAAGCAACUCGACACGUGCACUGAGCCGGCAGAGGACAGCCGAAGUAACGCGGAUACUUCAGUUCCGAAGCGCCGUGCGACCAACAGAUCGGAAUCAAGCACAGACAGCGAGACGACCAGUACCACAAGAAAAGCACGUCGCCGCAAAACAUCGAAACACUCAGGAAAGUGCCGACGAUCACGGUCCAGAAGGCCUGGUGGGGUUUCGGAGGGAGCCUCACCGUUGCCCUCUAGGACCGAUCACAUAGAUCAUUAGGUCCAAAUACUUGGUAGUCACCAUGGCCCUGUCCCAGCAACUUCAAUUCGCAACCUUGAACGUACGAGGCCUUAGGUCUUUGCAGAAACAGGCGCAGCUUCGCCGGCUUUUGUCUAGGAAGCGCCUCGACUUCGUCGCCGUGCAGGAGACGAAGAUUGAGAGUGACGACGAGACAGAAAGGGCUUUGCGACCUUUUCUGUCUGAGUAUAAUGUUUGCGUUUCACACGCUCUUGGUUUAUCCGCGGGCUGUUUCCUGUUUCUGAAAAAGAGCCUACUUUAUUCAGCUUUUAGUUAUCAUGUCGACACUGAAGGUCGAUAUAUAUGUUGUGAUUUUGUGUUGCAGGGUGUGCCAUGGCGCAUAGUCAACGUCUAUGCAUUUAAUGACGCUGCAAAACGAGCUCUUUUAUUUGAUACUGUGUCUAGUCUAUUGGACUGUGAUCGCUGCAUUGUUUUAAUGGGAGAUUUCAAUUGUGUAUGCGAUCCGAACGAUCGAAGCGGCCAUAACACUCAGCGGGACAGGAGUGGUGAAGUUUUGUCUAACAUAAUAGAAAAUGCAGGGCUCGUUGAUAUAGGAGUGUCGGGACAGGGAGCUCGCUCUUAUACAAGAAUUCAAGGUCAUUCCUACGCCCGCCUUGAUCGGAUUUAUGUUUCUUCAUCACUCCUCUCUCGAGGACUAUCCUGCAUUACUAUCCCCGUUUCAUUCUCUGAUCAUUGUAUGGUUAUUGCAAACAUUGGUGAAAAAAUUUGUAACUAAUUUCCGACCACAGUGGGCACUCUGGAAGCUUAACUCUGAGCUCCUAAAUGAUCAGGAAUUUAUUAAUCGCGUGCGCAUGGCUCUAACCAAUUCUCUGUCUAGUGACUUGCCAUUAUUUGCUGCUUGGGAACUCUUUAAACAAGAGGUUCGUACAGUGGCUAUAGAAAUUGGAUCGGUGAAAUCAUUCUAUAGAAAGUAUGAAGAAAAAACGCUUCUUAAGAGCCUAUGUAGCCUUUAUGAGAUUGAAUGCGAAAUGCCAGGCACUUACAUUGUUGACAUAGAAAACAUUAAAUGUGAGUUACAAAAGUAUGACGCACUGCGUUACAGAGGUGCGCGAAUUCGAUCUCGAAACAUGCGCGCUCUGCAAUCUGAGCAACCAACACGUCAAGCUUUACUUGACGAGCGACGUCACGGUAUUUCCAGAGUAAUUCCGGAAAUAUACUCCGAGGGUAGUCUUUUAACAAAUACUAAUGACAUCAUUUCUCAGUUCGAAAUUUUCUACACUAUGUUGUUUAGUGCCCCUCCGAAUGAUCACGAUGCAAAAGUUUUAGAGAGUUUUGUAUCUCUUGUAAAACCAUUACAGGAUGAUGACUGUGCAGUCAUCAGUGGUAGCCUUACGAUUCAAGAAAUUGAGCUAGCUAUUGAUCAGCUGCCUCUGUCGAAAACACCCGGCCCCGAUGGACUUUCAAGUGAAUUUUACAAAGCUUUCAAAUCAAUUAUCAGCCCCAUAUUAUUGGAUAUUUUUAUUACAAGUUUAGAAGUUGGCGCCCUUCCGCAGUCUUUUUGCAAAACCCACACAGUUUUAAUUCCCAAAAGUUCAGAUAAAGAGAAACUGCGUUCUGUUGAAGGCUAUCGACCAAUCACAUUGUCAAACGUGGAUUACAAAAUUUUUGCGAAAGUUCUAUCUAAUAGAUUGCAAUUUGCGAUGUCAAUUCUAAUUGGUUCCCAUCAGACGUGUGGAAUCAGGGGCCGAUCAAUUCAAACCAACAUACAUAUCGCCCGUACCCUUCUUCAAUACUGUUAUGGUUCCACUGAGCAGCUUGCAAUGCUCCAGGUAGACCUUGCUAAAGCUUUUGAUCGUGUGAGCCACUCCUAUUUAUUUUCUCUUUUGGAGCAUGUCAAUGUUGGCUCCAUUGUGCUUAAAGGCGUUAGGCUUUGCUACACCUGUUGUACUACUCGUUUAAUUAUUAAUGGCCAACUCUCCGAACCCAUUUCUAUUUGCUCAUCAGUAAAACAAGGAUGCCCGAUGUCCCCACUACUAUUCGCCCUUUACCUGGAACCGCUAUGCUUAAGCGUAAUUCAGUCGAGUAACAUCCAUGGCUUCAAUAUACUGGGUAAUGAAGUUAAAGUCUUAGCUUACGCAGACGAUCUAGCGUUCUUCUGCACGGAUAAGUCCAGUGUUGAAAAAGUAGUAUCGAAAAUAGAAGAAUUUGGCAGUGUAUCAGGAGCGCGAAUGAACUCCUCAAAAAGUUUAGGCUUAUGGUUUGGCUCAUGGUGCUAUACACCAGAACAGUUUGCAGGCGUUAAGUGGACUGAUGUCCCGCCAAAGUAUCUUGGCGUGCCGCUAGACGCAUAUAAAUUAAGCGCAUACUAUUGGAAAGAACGGG